CAUUUGGCGCAAGUGCCUAACGUCAUUUUAAUAGUAUUUUACCAGCUGCAAUAUUAAGACGUUUUAUUUAUAUAAUUUUUAUUUUUGUACAUUAAACCUAUAUAAGGAAAAUGAUACCUAAAGUUUUUGGAAUAACUAGAACUCUGGGAUUGCGAAAUUUGGCUGUACGCAAUUUGACAAGGACUUCUAGUAACUUAUACCACCUCAAUAUAACACGACGAGAAGUUCUACAAUGCCCUAUAAAAAGUCAUCCAUUAACCACAAAUUCGCUGAUCCAAAAUUUUAGUACUGAAAACUCACACCGAAAACCAAUACCGUCCGUAAAAUAUAAUGAUAUCAAGGAUUUACCGAAUCAUCCUGAGAAGUUAUUAAUUGAUGUACGUGAGCGACAGGAACUAGAAGAAACAGGCAGAAUUCCAACAAGUAUAAAUAUUCCUUUAGACUCCGUAGUGCGGGUAUUGGCAGAGGAUGUUAGACCUCAAAGAUUCCAGUCCAAGUAUGGUCGUCAAAAGCCAACUUUUGAGGAUGAGAUAAUUUUUACAUGUAAGAUGGGAAGACGUGCCUUAAAAGCUGCAGAAAUAGCAAAUGCUAUGGGCUUUACAAAUGUUAAAUAUUAUGAAGGAUCAUGGGAAGAUUGGGUUAAAAAUGAAAAUCAUUAAUUGGAACACGAUUGUUUUGAAAAAUUUGCCACGCGCUUUUAAUUGACCAAAGGUGAUCUGUUCUACAUAACAAGAACGAACCGGUAUUAUAUCCGGUCGGAGUCUGUCGCUUCAGCUGCAUAUGCUGUAAAAAUUAAAUUUCACAAAUUUUGUUUGAUACAAAUUUUCGCUUAAAAUAUACGAUUAUGUGUUAAAUAUUCCAACACACUAAUAUACAUACGUUCCUGAA